UGGGUAGGAAGUGGCCAUCGGCGAGUUAGUCACAGAAUACCACACUACCGGGAUAUCAUGGAAUUACCUGCUGUCAUUUGACCAGACUGUCGCAAUAUGUUUUCCUUUCUUGGAUUUAAGUUUCCCAGUGGAUCUAUACUAGCAGAGACUGCAAAAUAUUGGAGUUCGCGACCCGAUAAGCGGGGGUAAACAUGCGAGGAAGGACCCUUUUAUACCUUACAACAUUCGUGAUAGCGACCAUUGCAUUGGGGAAUGGAUAUAGCGGUUUUAGCGGAGGUUCACUGUUGAGCAUUCUGAACACGUUUCAUGAGCAUGUGUGUGACGGGAGUAUUCUGAAAGUCCGCUGUCCCAGAAAGACGCUGAUCAGCAUGCAGUUCGCGCAGUACGGACGCCAGGUGCCGAGCAGUCGCAUGUGUCCUGCGCCCACGCACAACAGUAAGGGAAGCUAUCGCAGUCUCUACACACCGUACCACUACCUCCGCGAGGACACCAACUGUCAGGCCACGACGUCACUCACGGUCCUCCUUGAUUUAUGUCAAAACAAACACCGCUGCCACCUAGUGGCUAGUGCUGAGACAUUUCGCCAGGAUCCGUGCCCAGGGACAUCAAAGUACUUGGAAGUGGCUUACAAGUGCAGACCAGAGAGCUACAAGAAUGAGGUUGCGUGUGAGGGUGACCAGGUGGAACUGUGGUGUCACAGAGCGACGCGCAUCGCCAUCCACUCCGCUUUCUUUGGUCAGACUCCCAACGAUUCCAGCAAAUGUCUCCAAACACAUCACAACUAUAUUGAUUGCAGAGCAAGAGAUACACUAGAUGUAGUGAGACGCCGUUGCCAUGGCCGCAAGCAGUGUGUCCUUGAAGCCGAAGAGUACGUGUUUGGAAAUCCUUGUCCCAGUGAAGUCAAUAAAUACCUCAACGUUACCUACACAUGUGAAUAA